GACUUACUUGUAAUGUUGUAUGUGAACCCCUUCUUAUUUGAGCCCUUAAUUGUUUAUUUGAUUAUACGAAACAAUUGUAACAUGGUGAUAACCACACUACUAGAUCAAACUCAAACACUUCUUGAUGCCCUAAUGCACUUAAUCAUUAGAUUGAACCUCCAAAUGUCAUGUCUUUAGAAAAAGGGGCGCUACAAAUGGGUGAUUAAUCACUAGGGCUCUAUGUGGUGGAAUAAGCAGAUCUCUCUGUGACUUAUCUUUUCAAGGUGUCCAAUCUGAUAUAGUCAAAGAACUUAAGCUUCUCAUAUAUUUUAAUGGAACCAGAUGGCCUUUGAAGAAUAGGAAUAAAUCCUUUCUGUAAUGGAAAUAAAUUUGGAUGAAUUUGCCAGACUGUGCAAUGUCAUUGCACUAAAAUUUGAAGAGAAAGAUUCACAAUCGAUCUUUGAGAAGUGUCCAAAUAUCUAUCAUUCACCAGCAUCAAAGAAAUUGAGACACUUCAUCCGAAGCCCUACAUUUGAGUACAUAAUAGUGUUCAUUCUCCUUGUCAAUCUUGUUGCUGUUAUUGUUGAAACUACGCUUGAUGUGCAGAAUAACUCAGCUCAAAUCUUUUGGCAGAAGGCAGAGACCAUCUUCGGCUGGUUGUAUGCCAUCGAGAUGGCAUUAAAAGUGUACACCUAUGGAUGUGAGAAUUAUUGGAGGGAUGGUAAAAAUCAGUUUGAUUUUUGCAUCACUUGCUUCAUUGGUAUUGAAGAAAUAACUACUUUGGUAUGCCCUCAUGGUCUGACUUUCAUGUCCAACGGAAAUUGGGAAUUAUUUCGUGAAGAGCGGCGUCUUUUCACACAAAAUGCUUUCAAGCAAGAAAGUAUUCAUACUGUUGCAUUUGCUGCUCAAGGAAAAAGAAAGGACAGGGAUAUGAGCACCACGCAAUGCUAUAGUUGCAAAGAAUAUGGUCAUAUUGUAGUAAGAAGUUCUGCAGUUAUUGUAAGCAGCACGGGCAUAUUAUCAAAGAGUGUCCCACACGUCCUCAAAACCAUAAGAUGAAUGCUUUUCAAGCUGGGAUAAAUGGUUCGACUGAUGAUCACUCAUCUUCAACUGAAACUAGCAACCAGUUUGCUACUCCAACAGUUGGACAUGUUCUUACUCCUGAAAUGGUACAACAAAUGAUUGUGUCAGCCUUUUCAGGUUUGGGGCUACAAGGUACCGAUAUUAUAUCUAAUUUUUGGCUUGUUGAUUCUGGCACUUCCAAUCAUAUGACAAACUCAACUAGCAUGCUAAAAAAUGUACGUGACUAUCAUGGUCCAUCACAAAUUCAGAUUGCGAAUGGUAGUAAUUUACCCAUUACCAAGGUUGGGGAUAUUACUCAAACUUUCAAGAAUGAUUUUGUAUCACCAAAGCUCUCAACUAGUCUUAUUUCAGUUGGCCAAUUGGUAGAUAAUAAUUGUGAUGUGAAUUUUUCUCGUAAUGGUUGCCUUGUGCAGGAUCAGGUGUCGGGGACGAUAAUCGCGAAGGGGCCUAAAGUUGGAAGAUUGUUUCCUAUACGUUUUUCCAUUCCUCAUGUUCUGUCUUUUGCUUGUACUUCUACAGCUAGUAAAACGGAGGUUUGGCAUAAGCGUCUGGGACAUCCAAAUUCUAUAGUGUUGUCUCAUUUAUCAAAUUUUGGUUUAUUGGGAAAUAAAAAUCAGUUUUUAGCUGCUUCAUUUGAUUGUUCUAUUUGUAAAUUAGGCAAAAGUAAAACUCUUCCUUUUCCUAAUUUUGGUAGUCGUGCUAAAGAGUGUUUUGAUGUCAUUCACAGUGAUGUUUGGGGCAUUUCACCAAUUAUUUCUCAUGCUCAUUUCAAAUACUUGGCUUGUUGAUUCUGGCACUUCCAAUCAUAUGACAAACUCAACUAGCAUGCUAAAAAAUGUACGUGACUAUCAUGGUCUAUCACAAAUUCAGAUUGCGAAUGGUAGUAAUUUACCCAUUACCAAGGUCGGGGCUAUUACUCAAACUUUCAAGAAUGAUUUUGUAUCACCAAAGCUCUCAACUAGUCUUAUUUCAGUUGGCCAAUUGGUAGAUAAUAAUUGAGAUGUGAAUUUUUCUCGUAAUGGUUGCCUUGUGCAGGAUCAGGUGUCGGGGACGAUAAUCGCGAAGGGACCUAAAGUUGGAAGAUUGUUUCCUAUACGUUUUUCCAUUCCUCGUGUUCUGUCUUUUGCUUGUACUUCUACAGCUAGUAAAUCGGAGGUUUGGCAUAAGCGUCUAGGACAUCCAAAUUCUAUAGUGUUGUCUCAUUUAUCAAAUUCUGGUUUAUUGGGAAAUAAAAAUCGGUUUUUAGCUGUUUCAUUUGAUUGUUCUACUUGUAAAUUAGGCAAAAGUAAAACUCUUCCUUUUCCUAAUUUUGGUAGUCGUGCUAAAAAGUGUUUUGAUGUCAUUCACAGUGAUGUUUGGGGCAUUUCACCAAUUAUUUCUCAUGCUCAUUUCAAAUACUUUGUGACAUUCAUAGAUGAUUAUAGUCGGUUUACAUGGGUGUAUUUUCUUUGUUCCAAAUCUGAGGUAUUUUCCAUAUUCAAGACAUUUUUGGCUUACAUUGAGACUCAAUUUUUUACAUGCAUCAAAAUAUUAAGAUCUGAUUCUAGUGGAGAAUAUAUGUCUCAUGAAUUCAAUAAUUUCUUGCUUGAGAAAGGAAUCAUCUCACAACGCUCUUGCCAUAUACACCACAACAAAAUGGGGUUGCUGAGCGUAAAAAUCGUCAUCUUUUAGAUGUAACUCGUACUUUUGAUUGAGUCCUCUGUCCCAUCUAAAUACUGGGUGGAAGCUUUGUCUACUGCUGUCUAUUUAAUUAAUAGACUGACAUCUAAAGUGUUAAAUCUUGAGUCUCCAUAUUAUCGUCUUUAUCACCAUAAUCCUAGCUAUCAUAAUUUUCAUACAUUUGGUUGUGUUUGUUUUGUGCAUCUGCCUCCUUUUCAACGCAAUAAACUUUCUGCUCAGUCUACUAAAUAUGCUUUUAUGGGUUAUAGUACUUCGCAGAAAGGGUUUAUUUGCUAUGAUCAAAGUUCCGACAAAUUUCGUAUUUCUAGAAAUGUUGUUUUCUUUGAAAAUCAAUAUUUCUUUUCCACUCAUGUUGAGUCAUCUUCUGUUUCUCCUCUGCUUCCUACUUUUGAGGAUUUGUCAUCUUCUUUUAAGCGGUUCAAACCCGGAUAUGUGUAUGAACGACGUCACUUAACUUUACUCCAUUGCGAAACUGAUCCGCCACCUGAGACUGCUCCACAACCAGAAUAUGAGAUAUCUUCAAGGCCUGCUCCUCUUGAGCCUACUCGGCGAUCUACCAGAGAACGAAAUACUCUUAAUAGUUAUGGUUUUUCCUCUACUUUAUCCACUAUUUCUGUUCCAACUUGUUACUCACAAGCUUGCAAGCAUGAAUGUUGGCAGAAUGCAAUGGAGGAAGAACUUUUGGCUCUUAAAGAAAAUAACGCAUGGGACAUUGUUUCAUGUCCUUCAAAUGUCCGCCCAAUUGGAUGUAAAUGGGUUUAUUCAAUUAAACUUCAUUCUGAUGGAACUCUAGAUCGGUACAAAGCUCGCUUGGUUGUUCUUGGUAACAAACAGGAGUAUGGUGUGGAUUAUGAGGAGACUUUUGCACCAGUAGCAAAAAUGACUACGGUGCGAACUAUUAUUGCCAUUGCUGCCUCACAGAAUUGGCCUCUUCAUCAAAUGGAUGUAAAAAAUGUUUUUCUCCAUGGUGAUCUGAAAGAAGAUAUUUAUAUGAAACCCCCACCUGGUUUGUUUUCAUCACCUACAUCAGAUGUUUGCAAGUUGAAGCGGUCUUUGUAUGGAUUAAAACAAGCUCCCAGUUCUUGGUUUGACAAGUUUCGAUCUACUUUGCUUCACUUCUCUUUUGAACAAAGUAAAUAUGACCCAUCUUUGUUUCUUCGACAAACAUCUACAGGUUGUGUUCUUCUUCUGGUAUAUGUGGAUGACAUCAUUAUAACAUAAACUGAUUCUUUAUUAAUCACUAGCCUCCAACAGCAGCUUAAGGAUUCUUUUCACAUGAAAGAUCUUGGUACUCUAACAUAUUUCUUGGGGUUGGAAGUUCAUUAUAAUUUUUUAGGUAUGUUCUUAAACCAGCACAAAUAUACUCAGGAUUUGAUUGCUUUGGCUGGUUUUCAAGAAUCUUCCUCUGUUGAUACUCCAUGAGAAUUGAAUGUAAAGUAUCGUCGCGAUGAAGGGGAUCUUCUUCCUGAUCCAACUUUGUUUCGACAAUUAGUUGGGAGCCUAAAUUAUCUUGUUAUUACUCGGCUUAAUAUCUCUUUUGCAGUUCAACAAGUCAGUCAAUUUAUGCAGACUCCCCGUCAUCUGGUGGCAGUUCGUUCAGGAACAUCAACUCAUGGAUUAUUCUUUCCUGGUGGUUCUCCUAUUCAGCUUAAUGCAUUUAGUGAUUCUGAUUGGGCCGGAUGUCCUGAUACUCGCUGCUCCGUCACGGGAUGGUGCAUGUUUCUCGGAGAUUCUUUGAUAUCUUGGAAGAGCAAGAAGCAAGAUCGUGUUUCAAAAUCUUCAACGGAGUCUGAAUAUCGAGCAAUGUCGACUGCUUGCUCCGAAAUUAUUUGGCUUCGUGGUUUACUUGCAGAAAUUGGAUUUCCUCAAUCUAAUCCUACUCCUCUCCAUGCUGAUAACACAAGUGCCAAUCAGAUUGGUUGCAAUCCAGUUUAUCACGAAAGAACCAAGCAUAUUGAAGUGGACUCUCAUUCUAUAAGAGAAGCUGUAGAUAGAAGAGUUAUUACUCUUCCACAUGUAUCCAGUGAUCUUCAAAUAGCUGAUGUGUUUACAAAAUCAAUGGCACGACAGCGUCAUCAGUUUCUAGUAGGCAAAUUGAUGUUUUUCGAUCCACCAGCAUCAAUUUGAGGGGGGUGUUAGCAUAAUGGACAGAUUGUAGAAUAUCUACACUAAUAUAUUCUCGAUAUGGUGAAUAUAUGGGAUAUUAUUAGGGAUAUUCUACAUUUAGUGUAGAAUAUUGUGUAGCAUUAGUUGUAGAAUAUAUGAAGAAUAUUUUGUAGGAUUUACAUUUAGUGUAGGAUAUUUUCUCUUGUGUAUAAAUACCAAUGUAUCUGAUGUAUUUGAAUCAAGUAAUUGAGAUAGUCA